GAAUCAUUAUUCAUUAACUUUGUCUAGUCUUUCUGAACAGACAGACUCUACAUCUUUGGAGCAGAGAUGAACUUGACGGCGGAGAAGCACUCUGUCCCUCUGAUUGAUGGGCACUCCAUGCCCCUCAUGGGACUGGGGACGUAUGGGGACCCAAGGACAACACCUAAAGGCACUGCUUAUGAAGCUGUGAAGGCGGCCAUAGAUGCGGGUUACAGACACAUUGAUGGGGCAUUGGUAUAUUUCAAUGAACAUGAAGUAGGCCAGGCAAUCCGUGAGAAAAUAGCCGAUGGAACCGUAAAACGGGAGGAUAUUUUUUACUGCGGAAAGCUGUGGUGCACUUAUCACCUUCCAGAAAUGGUUCGACCUGCCCUAGAGAAAACACUGAAGGCACUUCAACUUGAUUAUGUAGAUCUCUACAUAGUAGAGUUGCCCAUUGCUUUCAAGCCUGGAGAUGUAUUUUACCCUAAAGAUGAGACUGGGAAGUACAUUUACGGUGACGCAGAUCUCUGUGCCACGUGGGAAGCCUUAGAGGCUUGCAAAGAUGCUGGACUAGUGAAGUCUCUGGGAGUGUCCAACUUUAAUCGCAGGCAGCUAGAGCUUAUACUGAAAAAGCCAGGACUGAAACACAGACCUGUUUCAAAUCAAAUUGAAUGCCAUCCAUAUUUCACACAGCCUAAAAUGAUGGAGUACUGUAAGCAAAAUGGCAUUGUGAUUGUGGGCUAUAGUCCUCUGGGAACUUCACGAGAUGCAUCCUGGGUCAACUUGAAAUGCCCUCCGAUGUUGGAGGACGAGGUGCUGGUUAACAUUGGCAAGAAAUACAACAAGAACAGUGCUCAGGUGGCCCUACGCUUCAAUGUACAGCGAGGUGUGGCAGUCAUCCCCAAAAGCUUUACUGCCCAACGCAUCAAGGACAACUUUCAGAUAUUUGACUUUUCACUCACUGUUGAAGAAAUGAAAGCAAUUGAAGGACUAAACAAAAACAUCCGUUUUGUUGAGCUUCUCAUGUGGAGUGACCAUCCAGAAUACCCAUUUCAUGAUGACUAUUAAAAGAAGACAUUUUGAGACCUUACCAAAGGAUGAAAGUUGUGAUUGCCAUAGAGAGAAGACACACUCUGCCAGUGCAAGAGCCUGGGGAGUUCAUCCAAAGCAAGGUGGACAUGCCGUUGCAUUGGAGCACUGCCCCUCAGUGGCCACAACAAGUACUUUUAAGUUCAAAAGACAUUUGAAAUCCCUGUGACACUAAAAUAGUGUUAACAGUCCUGUCCUGAAAUAUAAUUCAACAUGCUUUUGUCUAUUCUUUUGUGAACUUUAGCAUUUGAUCCUCACAUAGCUCUAUGUACCUAUUCGUUCUGUGUGUGUGCUCAACUAACUCUGGUUUCUCCUCUGGUCAGGCAUAGGCCACAAACUGUAUUAGCAGAAGAUAAGUUGCAAACUGGCAUUUUUAUUCACUGUGUUAGUCUCUGUGUGGAUAAAACAUGUAACUUUAAAUGUUUUCUCUUGGCUAUGAAAAGGAAGGAAACUGA